CUAAACUCUCAACUUCUUAUCUUUCAGAAUUACAGCCAUGUCAAACCAGACCCCAACACACGUUCUUUAACACCAUAAACUCACUGACUCCACUCCACCACCUCCCUUAAUAAUCGAAUUUGUUUAAGCAUAAACUUAAUUAAACUAAUUUAAAUUGAAUAAAAUUAUUCCAAUAUUUUUGUUUGUUUUUCAGAUGUAUUUCUUUGUUUCUCAUGCUUUACUGAAGAACAGAAGAUGGAGAAGCAGAGAAACUGCUCAUCUUGGAAAUCCACAAAGUUUCUGGUUAUUUCUUUAACUCUUUCUUUCUCUUUCUUUCUCUUUUCAUUUUUCUCUUUCUGGGUAAUGCGAGCUUCUCCUUUACUCCAUCAAGAAUCUUAUGUUGUGAUUAGUUCACCCUCUUUAAGUUUAAGCUUUAAUUCCUUAAAUCUGCAAUCUUUGACAGUUCCUAGUACAGAUUCUACUCCAAUUAAUCUUAAUAAUACUGCUAAUUUGAAGAAACCCCAGUUGAGAAAACCUCAAGUUUCAUCUGGGUUUGUUGAUAGUAGUAGAAAUUUCACUGUUUUGGGUAAAAAUUUCUCAGUUUCUAGAGUGAAAGUUGUGGAUUUGAGGAGUACCCAUUUGAGGAAAUCACAAAAUUCAUCUGGGUUUGUGAAAUCUUCCAUUUUUGAGGAUGAAGUUGGUAAAGUUGUGAAGAGUGAGUUAAAUUUGACUUCAGUUGGUAAAAUUGAUGAGGAAAUUGAAGAAAAGAAGGGUAAAGAUUGUGAUGUUUCCAAAGGGAAGUGGGUGUUUGAUGAUAGUUACCCAUUGUACACAAAUUUCUCAUGCCCUUUCAUUGAUGAAGGGUUUAAUUGCCAAGGAAAUGGGAGGUGGGACAAAGAUUACAUGAAAUGGAGAUGGCAACCUCAAGAUUGUGACAUUCCAAGGUUCAAUGCAACAAAUAUGCUGGAAAUGAUUAGAGGAAAGAGGGUAGUCUUUGCUGGGGAUUCAAUUAACAGGAAUCAAUGGGAAUCAUUGCUUUGUUUACUGAUGGGAGCUGUUAAAGAUCCCACUCGGGUCUAUGAGACGCGAGGCCGGAGAAUUACAAAGAAUAGAGGAAGUUAUAGUUUUAGAUUUGUGGAUUAUCAGUGUACAGUUGAAUUCUAUGUGACGCAUUUCUUAGUACGUGAAGGCAAGUCGAGGAUAGGGAGGAAGCGUAAGGAAACUUUGCGUAUUGAUAGUGUUGAUAGAGAUUCAGCAAAAUGGAGAGGAGCUGAUAUCUUGAUCUUUAACACUGGGAAUUGGUGGACUCAUUUCAAAACAAAAGCAGGGAAUAACUAUUACCAGGAAGGUAAGCAAGUUUAUCCCCACCUUGAUCCUUUAGAAGCUUACAGAAAAGCUCUACUGACGUGGGCUACGUGGGUGGAUAAAUUCAUCAAUCCACGCAAAACCCACGUUUUCUUUCGAAGUACAGCACCCGCUCAUUUCAGAGGAGGGCAAUGGAAUACUGGUGGACAUUGUAGAGAGGUACGAAAACCCCUGAAUGAAACGUACAUAGACAAUGUUGAUAAAGAUAUUAUCGCUCAGGAAGUCAUCACCACGAUGAAAACUCCCGUUACAUUCGUGAAUGUAACGGGAUUAUCAUCAUAUAGGAUUGAUGGACAUCCUUCAAAGUAUGGUAAAAACCCAGGAAAGAAGGGAUCUUCAGUUGAAGAUUGCAGUCAUUGGUGUCUUCCUGGAGUUCCAGAUGCGUGGAACGAGCUGAUUUAUCAUCAGUUGGUUUUAAAACAACAGAAGAAUCUGUAUGCUAGUUGAUGAGCUUUUUUUGGAUAAGCAAAUCUGUAUACUUAUGCUUUUUUUGGACAGAGGAGAAUAGGAUUAUAGAUGAUUACACAUUCUUUGAUUAACUUUUAUGUUUGAUCACUCUGCUGUUAGGUUUAUAAUUUCUUGUAAUCAGUUGUAAUGAAAAGAGAGGAACCAAAGGAAAAAAAUUCUUGUAAUUUCUGUCUUUUCCAGUGAAUAUGUACAUACAAAUCAAGAGUUUGUUGCUUGUUA